UCAAUCAUACUUCUACGCCCUACAUCGAUGACCUAUAAUAAUGUGCUUAAAUUUUUUUUUAUUUUUAUUAUGCAUGAAAAUAUGUAUAGUUUUUUGUGAAACAGGCUGCAGUGAUUUUGAAACAUGCGGUUCUUGCAUUGGUUAUGCGUUUGAUCGCUGUGUUUGGUGCUCUGCUGAAGAACAUGAAGGUUCAAGAUGCAAGUCCAGAAUUAAGGCAGACGAAAGCCAACUUUGGUGUAAUGGAACCUCCAUAUAUGAUCCAGAAACAGAAAAUAAUGUAACACUAAAUAAAGAUUUUAAUGCAGGAGAAAAAGGAGAACCGGUUAUUCAAUUCAGACCACAGUACUUGAAUAUUAAGGCGAGACCCGGAAUACCAGUGAAAAUUUCGAUGUCUUAUAAACCAGCAAAAGAUUAUCCGUUAGAUGUGUAUUACUUGAUGGAUUACUCUCAUACAAUGACAAAACAUGCGGAGACACUUAAAAAUCAGGGAUUCAAUAUUUACAACGAACUAAUUAAGCUUACAAAUAACGUACGCUUAGGCGUGGGAAGUUUCGUUGAGAAAAACUCUUUACCAUAUGUUGAUGACACUCAACAAAAUUCAUAUUCGUUUAAAAAUCAUUUGUCUUUGACUGACAACAUGAACGAAUUCGCAGAAGCUUUAAAAGAGAAACCGAAUGGUUCUAAUUACGAUGAUCCUGAAGCCACCCUAGACGGUUUAAUGCAAGCAAUGGUUUGUAAAAAAGAAGUAGGUUGGAGAGAUAAUGCACGACGAAUUAUUGUAUUAAGUACCGAUUCUACGUAUCAUAGUGCGGGGGAUGGAAAAUUUGUCGGAGCAGUUCGACCACAUGACAUGAAAUGUUAUGUGGUUAAUAACACGUACCAAAUGGAGCUAGAGUUAGACUAUCCAUCUGUUGGCCAAAUAAAUAAAGUAGCAGCAGAAAAUAAUAUCAUGAUUAUAUUUUCUGCUGAUAAAAAAGUUGAACAACAUUACAAGACUUUGGAGACAAAAGUAUUGGGUUCAAAAUACGUUCCAUUGAAAGUUGAUUCUACACUUGUAAAUGUUAUAAAAACAGAAUACCUGAGUUUAAUUAGGAAAGUUUAUCUAGAUUUUAAGAUUCCAUCAUUUAUGCAAUUGACACUUGAUCAAGACUGUAAUAGAGAUAAUGAAUGUGAACUCAAACAUAAUCAAUCAGUUGAAUUAACUGGUACUCUAACAAUAACAUCGUGUCCCCCAAAAAAUAAUUACAAGCACAAUGUGGAAAUUGGACCCCGAAUGUUAAAUGAGAAAUUGAAAAUAGAAGUUGAUAUAUAUUGUCAAUGUGACUGUGAAAAACCAGGAAGUGGGAUAGAGAAUUCAGAUAUGUGUAACAAUGCUGGGACUUAUCAAUGUGGAAUUUGCAAUUGCGACAGUGAUAGGUAUGGAUCUACUUGUCAAUGUAAUGGAAUUUCCACAGACGAUGAAGAUCAAUGUAGAAAGAAUAACCAAACCCUACCCUGUAGCGGACGUGGUACUUGCAGCUGCGGGAAAUGUGACCCAUGUUUAUCAGGUUUCUCGGGUCCAUACUGUGAAUAUGACGAUACAGCAUGUCCCAGCCCUGAAGGUUUACUUUGUGCUGAUCAUGGUAUAUGUAAAUAUGGACAGUGCCAAUGUUCUCCCAGUUGGAUCGGUGAGGAUUGCAGGUGUCCGAUUAAUAAUGAAAGUUGCAAAGCUCCCUAUUCUAAAGAGGUAUGUUCGGGUAAUGGUGAAUGCUCGUGUGGGAAAUGUGAAUGUAAAGUUUGUUCUGGACAAUUUUGUGAUGAUUGUGAAGAAGUAGCAAUGAAACGUUGCAAGGAGUUAGAAGAUUUUGCAUAUUGUAAUUUCAACGAAAAUAAAAAAGAAUGUGAUUUGAAAUUUAAUCAAACAAACACGGAGGUUACUCUUGUUAACAAGACAGAAAUAAAUUCACCAGAUUGGUACAUGGCUAAGUACUGGUGUAGAAAGGUCUUGGAAGAUGAAAACAUUUUUGUAUUUAAGUAUUAUUAUUCAACGGCUUCCAACAGCAAGUUACAUCUCAUUAUUCAGAAUGAGUUAGAGAAGCCACCAAUUGCUAAUGUGUGGAUUGCCGUUGGAAGUGUCAUAGGUGCGGUAUUAUUGAUUGGACUGAUAACUCUAAUAGCAUGGAAAAUUCUAGUUGACUUACACGAUAAAAGGGAAUAUGAUAAAUUUGCAAAUGAGUCUGCUGCUGCGGGAUUCGAUACAUCUAUAAAUCCUUUAUAUGAAUCACCAGCUACGACCUUCCAGAAUCCCGCCUAUAAUGGCUGAUUAUAUGUAAAUUGAUAUGACAAAAGUCGAAUUAUCAAACUUAAUAUAAAAAUUAUAAUAAAGUUAGUUAUUAAAAGAC